AUGUGGGUUUGCAUGAAGUUCCGCCUGAUCCUGAGGCUCGGUGGUGCCAGCUUGAAGGUCUUGAUGCUGCUGCUGGAGGCGCGCGCGGACCCCCAGAGGGAGGACAUCACGGGGCGCACGGCGGUGGACGUGGCGGAGAGCUGGUCCUAUGUGGAUGCCAGAGAGGUCCUGAUGGCCGCCAUAGAGGGGCAGAUGUGA